AAUCUCAGGUGAUGCAAUGACGUGUGAAAAAGAGGAGCAGAAUUCUCAGCAGGGAAAUGUUGAGCAAGUGGAUAAACACAGAGCAUUAUCGAAAAGAAUGAAAAGGAAUGUGUCCAGCAGUCAUGAGCAGGGAAGAUCCUGUGAGGUUCAGCACAGGCCAGAAAAAGAGCAGGGAAACCAGCCAGAGGAGAAAAUGGAUAAAUUUAUUUCCUGUCAGGGAACUCAGAAGGGCCUUAAGGAAACCAGAAUACAGCAGGAAAUAUGCAGGGAAAAGCAAAAAAAUACAUGUGCUGAGUGUGGGAAAACCUUCACUUACAGAUCAGGCCUUUCUCAACAUCAGAGAAUCCACACAGGGGAGAGGCCCUAUGAAUGCCGUGAGUGUGGAAAACUCUUCACUCAAAGAUCAGCCCUUAUUAGGCAUCAGAGAAUCCACACAGGGGAGAGGCCCUGUGAAUGCAGAGAGUGCGGGAAAACAUUCAGUCGCAGCUCGCACCUUAUUCGGCAUCAAAGAAUCCACACGCAGGAGGGGUCCUAUGAAUGCAGUGAGUGCGGGAAAACCUUCAGUCGCAGCUCGCACCUUAUUGGGCAUCAGAGAAUCCACACAGGGGAGAGAUCCUGUGAAUGCAGUGAGUGUGGGAAAACCUUCAAUCACAGCUCACACCUUAUUCGCCAUCAGAAAAUCCACACAGGAGAGAGGCCCUAUGAAUGCCGUGAGUGCGGGAAAACCUUCAAUCGCAGCUCGCACCUUAUUGGGCAUCAGACAAUCCACACAGGGGAGAGGCCCUAUGUAUGCCAUGAGUGCGGGAAAACCUUCAGUCGCAGCUCUCACCUUAUUCGGCAUCAGAGAAUCCACACAAGCGAGAGGCCCAGCGAAUGCCGUCAGCAGGCCUGCACAGCUAGUAAAGCGGCAAGGGCCACAACACUCCAAAGAGAACAGCUGAGGGCAAAGACCCCCCGGGCCCGCAGAAACACCCCCUACUCAGGACCUCCCAGUCCGGCGGAAACACCCCGCCCAGCCCUGCAGAAACAAACCCUCCUUCCCCAGUGCCGCCCCACCAAAACAGCUGUGGGUCAAAAAGGAAGGGCGGGUAACCUCCAGAGGCAAGCCUAUGCUGAGAGCGCCAUCUCCGGAGUCCAGGCACCGAUCGCCCUGGAGACGUGA